UGCACUUCGAAUUCUAAAAGCUAUACUAACCGUCUUAAAUAUUCCUGUAAGGUGUUACAUAACAUAAGAAAAUAGUAACAAUCAAGAAAAUCAAAGAAAUGGGAGGUAAGGUGACAAAAAUAUUUACACAUGAACAAAUGAUCGAAGAAAUGAGACCAAAGUUAGAUUCCCUGACAGAAAAAGACAGACGUCUAUUUGACCAUGCAGUAUGCGAAGUGAGCAGAGAGUCAGGCAAGUUGAGACUUCAAAGUUUUCGAAUUUCAAUCAACUUUCAUGACACUGAUCCCGUCAGUUUCGAAUCUGAGGAAGAUCCAAAAAGCAGGCUUGUAGUUUCUUAUGAUGGAUAUGGCAACCCUCAAUCUAUUUGGGAAAGGGAAAGCAAAACACGAAUUGUUUAUCGGCUUAUGGACUCUAUGGCUGAGGAUUUUUUAAACUGGUUCAGAGAAUUUACACUUCGGUUGGCUGGUAGUUCAAACAGAAUGAUUACAGGUUUUUAGAUUUAUAUCGAAAUGUGUUACAAGUUUAGUGAUAGUGUCAGUUUAUAUAUUUAAUAAACAUUUAUCUCUUUUUAUUACUCGGUGUAUUGCUCAUAUCUUAUACCAUAUACUGAUUAGCAAGGUUUCUUAAUUUUAACAUAUGUGUUCUAUAUCUUCUCUUAACGGAUAAACAAAUGACACCAGUGUACAAGAAUAAUCAUUAAAGAAGUAUUUGACAUAUCACAAUGUCUAAUCAAAGCGCCGAGAGCACUGCUGGAGCGCAAUUAGUAGCAAACAAAAUUUGUAGAUCUGUCCAUUUCGAUCUGAUGCCAUUACUACUUUCAAGGCAGACUAAGUCCUAUUUUUGUAGACAUUAUCCAAUGCAUUGAAACUCUUGUCAAACUUUGAAAUCUUGACUGAUAACAUCCUAACAAACACAGUCAAAAUUUAUGGUCGAGACAAAAUGUGCCAUAAAAUAAACAUUUCAAAAUUUGACAUUGGAAUAAUUGAGAAACGAUAUGUAGUCAUGUUAGGUUGAAAGGUUUCAUUUAACCAAUGUACAUACAAGGGACUUCCAUAUGCGAGUAGAGGUAUAAAAAAUAUUAGACAGUGUACUUGAGGAUUACAAACCCAAAUGGAAAUUCUAUAUUUAGAAUGGUUUGCUGCUGACUUUUUUCUUAUAAUAUAUUUGAAGCCCAUGGUCCAGGGGUAACACGCUCGUAUAAAAUGAAAACAAAGACAUAGAUAAUUUCUACAAAAAUACAUGUUUCAUAUGAAAAAUACUUCCUCUAAAUAUGCCAUGGUUAUUGAAAUUUGAGCAAAAAUACAAAGAUUGGUGUGGCACUAAAACUAUAUCAAUAAAAUAUUCGGAUGAUGAAAUUUUCUUAUAUUUGAAAUUAAAGUUUGAAGUAACUAUAACUAUUCUUGGCAAACUUAUUUAUCCCUUUUUGCAAUCAUUUGUAAAUUGUUUCUGAUUUUUUUACAGUUACGUAAUUAUUCUGUUUAAAAAAAACCUCAUAAAUCAA